GUAAAGAUGGCUAUGAGGGCAUGACAUGGCCCCAGCAAGGGUGUCAAGAUAUCGUUAGUAAUCCUCCCAGCACAUUGCUAACGUUGGGAGAAGGGUAAGGGCAGACGAAAAAUAUGUGUACGGUGGUGUACGGUGUUUGCUGCUACUAAACACAGUAUACUACCCAUUUAAACUUAUGGCCAAAUCAAACUCUCACCCACUAAUCGCGCCAUCGACACACAAGAACACACGCUAGUACCACACACACCCAAACACACUUACAGUAUAUAUUGAGGCGCACGUAUACUGAAAUGCAUCCAACACACACACACGUAUAUAUACACACACUGCCGGCAAGCAAAGUGACAGAAAACAAAACUAAGUGUAUAGAAGAAGAGGAAGGAAAAAAGGAGGACAAAGCAAGCAUCCACUCAAACAGACAAUACUACAUAUUAUAUUUGUGUUUUAAUUUCGAAGUUUUGUGAUUGUUGCGAUUGACGGGGGGCCCGCAAAAAAGAAACUAGUUUAAAAGAAAACACUGUGACGAAUAUAGAACAAAUGCAUCAAAAGGGAGGGCGGCGGAGGGAACGAGCGACGAUGCUUUAAGCUAAGUGAAAAUGGACCUGAUGGGUGAAAAUUAAAGACACAGAAAGGGAAAGGGAGACACGUGACAGACCCAGUGACGCUGUCAGGGGAACAAAACACAGAAACUGCAUGUAUAUUUCCAUUAUAGUGUGCUAUUGCUGUUGCUGAGUAGUAGUGUAUAUUUAAUACGAAACUAUUAUACUACAUACACACGGGCACGCUUGUGUGGUGUGUGUGUGGAAAGAGCUACAAAAGACAAAAACAAAUAAAUGAUCUCUUCCGUGUAGCGCUGCAUGUGAAGCAGAAAAAGGGCGAUGUAAAGAAAUAGAAAGAGAGAGGGAGAGCGAGUGAGUAAUUGCGAGAAUUCAAAGCAAAAAGAGCAAGAAGAAAAAACAUAAAUAGCAACAAAAAUAUAAGAAAAAUACAUGAAGUGAGCUAACAAAAAACCAAGAGAAAACGGAAAAGCAAUAACGUUAGUUAUUAUUAAACAAUAUGAUAAUGAUUAAAAAUUAUAAUUAUGAUACUUAUGAUGAUUAUUAUUACCAAUUAUUGUCGAUCAUGUGAUGUACUGUUCCUCCCCCCUCCCCAUUCACUAAAAAAACAGUAGCAGCGCCGCCAUUCUUCGUCAUCGUGUGUCGCCACAUCGCGCGAUCAUUCCACAUCUGUGUUUCAAGAAUAUGGGAGGAGGAGGCGGGGGGGAAAGGGACGAAAUAGUAGCGAACAGGGGGAUUUGCAAACCCCAACGAUUGACGAAGGCAAAAGAAAGUAAGCAAAAAACGGUAACUCCGCGAAACCGGCAACCCUGAACCUACUGGCAAACCCUUGUGCUAAAGCGUACCAACUACUACUAUCACCCAACCACCCACAACCCUUGACCUUAUACCGCAACACAGCAACACAAAAACCACCAGUUGUGAUUGCAAACACACAGAAGAAGAAGAAGCGCGCGCAUUGCGUAAGAAGUGCCGUAAAGCAAACGAUUGCUAAACGAAACAAAAGAAGAGAAAGAGAGUAAAGAAAAGACAAACGCAAAACAAACAAACGUCGUACGAGAAGAAGUAAUAAAGCAAAAUAAAACAAAUGAAUAAAACCACAAAAAACAAAUGGCAAAGUAUGUGUUGUAAGGUUAAAAAGACAGCUGGCGACACAGCAGUAAGCAACAGCAACAGUAUAAAGAAGAAUUUUGAACAUUUUCCCCGAGCCACCACCACCACCAAAAACGAACGUCUGCUAUAUAUCCUUCCUCUCAGUGUUUCUCUUUUGAACGUAGCAUCAUCAACAGCAGGAUGAACGGGUGUGGCUAGCGAAAGAACGCAGGUAAACGUAAAUACCCAUACAAUACAAAUAACAAAACAAAAAAAAAACAAACAAACUAAGUAAAUAAAUAGAUAGCAACUGGUACGCUAGGCAGUGCUUUUAUAGUGAUUGUACGUUGAAUGUAAUGGUAGAGUAGUAGCGGCAUUAUUAUGUAGAAGACUGUACACGUUUGGCACACCACGUUUUGUAUAUAUAUAUGAGAGUAUGAGAGUAAUAGUUUGUGGGGUUAGAGGGAUAUACCGACAAACAAAUAAAAAAAACAGUUAUAAAAACGGGGGAAAACCUGAUUCCCCAUCAUCCCAUUUGAACGUACAACCACACACAGACACACAACACAACAAACUGACGUACGUAAUUAACAGGUAUGGGUUUCCCCCUUGAUCGCUCGAUCGGCACUGGUGCAUAGAAGUAGAUGCGGCUGCUUCUGUAGUCUGCGUACUGUACCGUAGACCACUCUAGUCGAGUCUAGUCGCUGCGACUAGACGACGUUUUUUUUUUCUAGAUUUGUGUUUGUUUAGAUUGGAGUUUGGUACUAAGGAUUCGAUGCGUUUAGUACACACGUUAAUUCACUGUUAUAACAAAAAAAUAUUAAAAUCUUCACAACUGUACGCCCCACACAUGUGACUUCAUCCUAGACAGUUUAUCACACACUCCAGAGGCUGCUGACAUUAUCAUCGGUCACUCUGUUAUACUGUUACAUUGGAUACAGACAACUGUCACUUCUUAGCUGACAACGACGAGUAGUGUUCUGUUUUGCUCUGACUGACAACACACAUGACACUAAGAAAGACGCUCACUCUAACUCGCUACCGUUUAGAGCCCACAUUCGUUAGAAGUUGUUUGAUGUGUUGUAACAUCGUGUAGUGACCGCAAAAAUGGUUUGAAAAAACAAAAACAAAAAUCAAGCAAACUUUAUGGCAUCAUUUGCCAUAAUAGUAACCAAAAAGUAUUGUCCCGCUAAACUAACUGCAUUGCUCAAUGAUUUGGCAAUAAUUGUCGUGCGAAACACACACCAUACACCAGGUGUAAUGUAGAAAUGUACACCACAAGUAACUAACUACACUUUUAUCAGUAGGAGAAUAGUGUCGGUUUUGCAUUCAUACAUUUGCUGUAAUAUCACUUAUUUUAUUCCGUAAGUAAAAAACGCAUCAUUAGUUUCAACACGUGCAUACGUAGCCCAUAGUGCAGACUAGUUUUAGCUCCGUUUCUCUUCCCGUGCGUACGCUGACCACAGCGCCAUGCGACAGUGGAGAGCAACCGAGCCCCGAGUAGCGCACACCUAGAGGUAUCAUUCGCAGUACAUGGUUUUGUUUGUUUCACGCUGUACUAAAAAGAAAAAACAUCAGAAUAGUACACCAUCAGCUCAUUUAACUACCUGUGCACCUACCUGGUCAUCCAGGUCUCUGCAGGAGCUCCCAUCUCAAUGGGCAGCUCUUGGUUGCGACUCACUCAUACACACUCCCGGGUCCUGAAAUUCCCACCUCCAAUCCAGCCACAAGCACCCCCCCCCCCCCCCCCCCCCAUCGCAACCAUCAGUAAAAUUCCCUGGUACGAUCAUCGUGAUCGACGUAACGAUUAGCAAUAAGCGUACAUAUGUUUUGAUCGUGUUGCGUAUUAGUGUUGUGUAUUAGUAGUGUGCGGACGCAACACCAUCGCACACCAUCGCAUUCGUAAAACACAUCCAGUAGUAGUUGAAUCGAAUCGAGGGUCGAUUAAACUGUAGGCAACUGUGCAAAGUGGAAGCAAAUGCAGUAAUUAAUAAAUGCAAUAAAUAAUUUGAGUCUGUAGUAAAAAACAAAACAAAAAACAAAACGUGUAAACACACCUUAGGCGUUUCUGAGUAUCUGUUCUAAGUUUCGUUCUGUAUCUGUACCUGUGAGGGAGAAUGUGUUUGUGUGUGUAAGUUCGUGCACUUCUUCCUCACAAAACCAUUUGAGUAGCUCGAAUAUAUAUAUAAAUUAAUAUACCUAAAAUGUAUUAUACUAGAGAAACGCACUGAAUAAUCGUAGUAGCGGUAUACGGAAGUAAUUACUGUCUGGUAGAUGAGUUAGUGUUUUUGUUUAGCACAUCUUAACCUCUAUGCUCUCCCCUUAUUGUACUCAGUAUGUAUUCGUUCGAUCAAAAAGAUCGUUAAUCUGUAAGCAACCAAACGCAGAUGGCACCAUCUUACUUACUUAGCUACGUUUUGCUUAACUAGUGUUAUGUUCUCUCUUUCUUUCUUUCUUUCUCUCACUCUCUUUCGCUAUCUCGCCCUACCGUUUUGCAGUGACUGUGUAGUAGUUAAACAUGAACAAAAGAAAUAUCAUUAGAGUCAUAUAGUCGAUACCACCUAGAUGAAACGCAUAUCAAUCUGCAAUAGCUGCUCGUUUGGGCAUGCUCUCUUUUUUCAAUCGUUGUACCAGAACUAUCUACCCAUCUAUACGGCUAUUUUUUCAUUUACUAUACCAUACGUGUUUUCGUUGUCUAUUUCCUCCGAAACGUUUGCUAUGAGUUUCCUUACGCGCUUCUCAAAAUCGCUCCAAACUGGUGCAUGAUUACACUGUACCCCACACACCCUUCUCACACACGCACAAUAGAAGAGUACUUUCGCAACUCGAUCGCUUUAUAACUAGAUUGUCGUUAAAAGAUUAGUAGAGAUAUCUAAGCAAAACAGUAUUGUGUACACUGCGUACGCCAAUAGACUUUGCUGUAAGGUGUGCUUGCGCAUCAGUAUAAAACAAAAUGUUAAAAACCAAUUCAAAGAACAAUAACUGCAAUAACUAAGAAUGUUUGUAAUUUGGAGCCUUGGAGCCUCAAGCGCAAAACUCAACUCUCCAAAACCCUGCAGCAAUGACUAAACAGGGUAGUAACACGAGCGUACCAUAAGCGUCUAAUGCAUGAACCUUGAUGAGCGUUACGAACUUAAUAUAGCUAUUUAAAAAGAAAAUGAGAGAGAAAGAAAAAAAACACGACAACAACAAAAGACAAAACAUAAAAAAGGUAAAACUAAAUACAACAACAACAACAAAAUAAUAAUGUAGCUGUAGCAAUACCAGUGUGAUUGUAUUACUUGAUAGUAGAUUUGUAAUGUAUAUGCAACAAUAAAUACAUCUAAUGUAAUCUGAACUUAUUUGUGCGGUAGUGAUAACGCGCCAUCACCACCCCACGCACGCCAUAGACAAAACCACAUACGAAACAUACAAGACACCAUGCCGUCAUACCACACAGAUACACACUCCUAACGAAUACGGAAAAUCAAAACUUUUAUAGUAGUAUAUAUGCGAAUGCAACCCUGUUCUUGUAACACACGUAGUCUCGUAGUGGGUAGUAUGUAUUUGAGCCUGUAGCAGUUACGAUACCAUUAGCGACUAGGACACACUAAUAGAGCUGUAUGUAGUUCAUAGAUCGGUGUGUUGGUGAGAGCAAUUGGAUACUAAGCUUGUUUUUUCUAUCGCGCAUACCACACCCAAGCAUGAAAUAAACGUCAACAAACUGUCAAGCUGAAAACGGAAAAUCAUAUAAACAACAAAUAUCAACAUCCAAACCGUGGGACAGUUGAAAUCCCUAACCAUAAUGAAAUAGAUAGAAACAUCUCUCUUCAAACGUACAAUAAUCGCAUUUUUAUAAUGUUUGACAAACACCCCUAAGAUUCAUUUCUUUUACGAGAGCUUUAAGCUUUUCUAGUGAACUCUUGCUAACAAAACGAAAACGAAGACGAAGAAAAAAACUAUAAAAAGAAGAAACAGAGAUGACGUUCUUAGAACAAGUGGUACAUCAUGGCAAUACUCAUCAUUGUAAGGCUCUAUUAGUAUAACAUAAUCACUAACUGAACUGUGUGUAGAGUAGUUGUAUCCUUGUAUCCCAGCUAUUUUUAUAUAUAACACACACAUACAUACACACCUAAACCCAUCACAACCACUGUGGUGUGUCCCGUUGUCAUGAUUUUAGUUACAAAUAUUUGUUUUAGUACACUCUCUUUUAGUACAUUUAUGUUUUGCUUACAAUAUUUUGUUUUAUAAGUACUUUUAGUUUUAUCAGUUCUUACCAAUCGUGAUGAUACUGACACGAAAAGGUAGAAUGUCAUACGAAAAACAGAAAGCAAGUAAAAUUUGCUAUAUAAAACACACAACACACACACACAUCAUACACGUGCGUGUCAAAAUUAGUACCAACGUUCUCUCAAAACUAAAGCUUGUAGAUGUUGUUGUGUUCGACUGUAGUUUUAGUUGUGAGUGUUAUUGCAACAGUAUGACCGCAAAACGCUCCUUUCCUUCUUAUCUAUAUUUUCAUACCGACACCCACACACCCACACACACAGAUACAAACACAACUGUGUAUUAGAGUAGAGACAUGUAUACUAGAGUGUACUCUAUCUGGAUAUAUAUCUAUCAACUUGAUUUUAGACCGUAGAACGUUUAGUUUGACCUCUUUCCCCCAUACCUCCCCUUCUUACGUAGAAUUGGUUGUUGAUGGUACCAUGCUAUCCCAUGUAAGCUCGUUUUGUGUAGUAUUACUUGUAAAGCAAAGCAAAACAAAUAAAAUAUAUACUCCCAUCGCCACGUUCGUGCGGAUGGUUCAUAAACAUCAUGGAAAUAAAGUAUUAGUAGUAUAUAUAAGCGUAUGCGGUUUCUUUGUUUUAGUUCAUCCAGUUGCCUUUGCCGUAGACAGCACCCAAAGGAUAUGGAAUGAAAUAAUUGUCCACUCUUUACUAGAAUUCAUUUCUUGUUCUUUUCAUUUUGUUGUAAAUAGAAAGAAUAUGACGUGGUUGCAAAAUGCAUUACUUUCCCUUUUCAUGGGUAGCGUCCGUAGAGCUCCAUCGGCACAAUCAUUGUAAAACGAACAGCUUGCUUGUCCGUAACACACAUAUUGGUGUGUUUUAGAACAUCGUUUUUAGUACAAGUAGUCACUUAUAUGCCGAAACUAAAAAAGAAGCAUUUGUUCAUCCGGUGCUGAUGGGUUUUUACUUUCAAAAUGUCUGCUUGCGCGUAGAAAAAUACAAUUGCUGUACAAAUAUGUAAAUAGCGCUUAGAGUGUUGUUGUUUGGAAUGGUAAGUAAACAAGACUUAGAGUUCAACGAUUGUAUGAUAUCUUGCAUAUCCGUUGUAGUAUAUCGAUUUACACUCGACAUUGCUUCGAUCGUUUUUUCUUCUAGUUUCAAUUUCAGAAGCAGCCAAAACCCCAGCAAAAAACCUCGGGCAACUAAAUUUCGUUAACUUUUCUCUUAAAUUAUUAAGUUUAGCAAAUUUAAAUGUAACAUGAAACGUCGCUUUUAACGCAAAUGAACUAACACAAGCUUUCGAAACAAUCCCUCUCCCCAAUCACCAAAACCCCGGCUCAUGGCACAGUAUCGCACACGGUACAGGAUUUGGUGUUCAUCUGGAACAUGACCGACCCGCUGGUGGUGAACCCGGAAAUCGAGCUGCCCCAGCUGGACAUCAGCAACAACUACACCACCGACUGUACGAUCGAGUACUCGACCGGUAACUUCACCUGUCUGGCGGUGGUGUUCAACCUGAGACGGCGGCUGGGCUACCAUCUGUUCCACACCUACAUCCCGUCCGCGCUGAUCGUCGUCAUGUCGUGGAUAUCGUUCUGGAUCAAACCGGAGGCCAUCCCGGCACGGGUAACACUCGGCGUCACCUCGCUACUUACGUUAGCCACACAAAACACCCAAUCGCAACAAUCGCUACCGCCGGUAUCGUACGUGAAGGCCAUCGACGUCUGGAUGUCGUCCUGCUCCGUGUUUGUGUUUCUGUCGCUGAUGGAGUUCGCGGUGGUCAACAACUACAUGGGCCCGGUGGCGACCAAAGCGAUGAAGGGCUACUCGGACGAGGAUCUGUCGGAGGCGAUCGACUUUAACAAGAACGGCUACAACAAGGACCACCGCUCGUCGGAGGUACCGCGGUACGAUACGUUCUGCCACGGGCGGGAAACGGCCCUCUGCAUCGACAAGUUUUCCCGCUUCUUUUUCCCCUUCUCGUUCUUCAUACUGAACGUUACCUACUGGACCACGUUCCUGUAGGAGGGGAAGGGGGGGAGGGGCUCCCCUCAGGCAACAACAGAAAUUUGCCCAUGGAGCUGCUGCUGAAGAAAGCAUUGAAGGUAUCAUCCAGCAUCCCGCAAAUGACAUUAGAUGAGAUACCGUACACUAGGAACAUAGUAGCUGUAAGAUACUGGCACCAUCGGAUUGGCCGAUCGGUCACUAGGCGUAAGCGACACAUAUAACAAAGUAAAUAAAGUAGUUCUCCUCCAUUAAUCCGAUGAAAAUUAAA